AUGACCGACGAGACGAUUGCCGACUUGAGUCACUUCACCUUUACAUUGCAGUACUUCACCUUUACAUUGCAGUACUUCACCUUUACAUUGCAGUACUUCACCUUUACAUUGCAGUACUUCACCUUUACAUUGCAGUACUUCACCUUUACAUUGCAGUACUUCACCUUUACAUUGCAGUACUUCACCUUUACAUUGCAGUACUUCACCUUUACAUUGCAGUACUUCACCUUCACAUUGCAGUACUUCACCUUCACAUUACAUUCACACUCACUUACACACACUCACUCACACACACUCACUCACACUCACUCACACUCACUCACACUCACUCACACUCACUCACACUCACUCACACUCACUCACACUCACUCACACUCACUCACACUCACUCACACUCACUCACACUCACUCACACUCACUCACACUCACUCACACUCACUCACACUCACUCACACUCAACAACAAACCCGUGACCUCUUCUACCAUGGCUUCGACAACUACAUGGCCCACGCCUUCCCUGACGACGAGCUGCGCCCACUGACCUGCGCGCCCCUCACACGCGACCGCCAAAACCCCGCCCACAUCGAAGUCAACGACGUCCUCGGCAACUACUCCCUGACCCUCGUCGACAGCCUGUCCACCCUCGCCAUCUUUGCAUCCACCCCUCCCCCGCACAAGCACGACCGAAACAAGCACUGGCGCAACAGGGCCCUCGACGACUUCCAGGAUGGCAUCCAGGCCCUCGUCGAGCACUACGGAGACGGCACCACAGGGCCAGGCGGACAAGGAAAGAGGGCGCGGGGAUUCGAUUUGGACAGCAAGGUGCAGGUCUUCGAGACGACCAUUCGCGGCGUGGGCGGUCUGCUGAGCGCGCACCAGUUCGCCGUGGGAGACCUGCCCAUUCGAGGCUACGACGCACAGGAAGAGACACGCCAAGACAAAAGAGGCAUCUUCUGGCGCAACGGCCUCGUCUACGACGGACAGCUGCUGCGACUAGCCACCGACCUCGCCAACCGCCUUUUGCCGGCUUUCCACACGCCCACGGGCCUCCCCUACCCUCGUGUCAACCUACGACACGGCGUGCCCUUCUAUGCCAACUCGCCCCUCAACAUGGAUGCCGAGUACGGGCAAUGCAGCAAAGACCCAAACGACAAGACCACCGAGAUCACAGAGACCUGCACCGCUGGAGCUGGCAGUCUGGUCCUCGAAUUCACCACCCUCAGUCGCCUGACGCGCGACCCACGAUACGAAAAGGCUGCCAAAGACGCCUUCUGGGCUGUCUGGCAUCGCCGCAGCAGCAUAGGCUUGCUGGGCGCCGGCAUCGACGCCGAGACAGGACAGUGGGUUUCGGCCUACACCGGCAUUGGAGCAGGCAUCGACAGCUUCUUCGAGUACGCUCUGAAGACGCACAUCCUACUGUCUGGUCUGCCCUACGACUCCGCCAAUGCUAGCGUUGACUCGCCCGACGCCUUCUUGCUCGCAUGGGAAGAGGCCCACGAUGGCAUCAAGCGCCAGAUCUAUCGAGGCGCCCAGCACCAGCACCCCCACUAUGCUCAGGUCGAUCUGUAUACCGGCGCAUUGCGUGCCUUCUGGAUCGACAGCUUGAGUGCCUUUUACCAGGGGCUGCUCGCCAUGGCUGGUAAACUCGACGAAGCAAUCGAGACGCAUCUCCUCUACACUGCGCUCUGGACCCGCUACUCGGCCAUGCCGGAGAGAUGGUCCACGGCCACCGGCAACAUCGAACACGGUCUACGCUGGUGGGGUGGCAGACCAGAGUUCAUCGAGUCUACUUGGUAUCUCUACCACGCCACCAAAGACCCGUGGUACCUGCAUGUUGGCGAGAUGACGCUCCGCGACAUCAAGAGACGUUGCUGGACCAAGUGCGGAUGGGCUGGUCUACAGGACAUUCGCACGGGCGAGUUGAGUGACCGCAUGGAGAGCUUUUUCUUGGGCGAAACGGCAAAGUACCUGUUCCUGCUGUUCGAUCCCUCGCACCCACUGAACACGUGGGACGCGCCGUAUGUCUUCACCACCGAAGGACAUCCUCUUAUCAUACCCAAGCGCCUUCGUCCAGUCAAAGCUCAGCGACAACACGACCCUCUCCCGGAGUGGCAGCCGGCGCCUGCAACAUGUCCUCUUCCGCCUGCGAUCCUGCCCUUCAGCAUCUCCGCUACAGCUGCACGGCCUGACGUUUUCCACGCGGCCAGUCUCGCUCGCUUGCACCUAAUGCCAACCAUCGAGACGCUCGACUCCCCACUCAUCGAGUUCAACGCUGAUCACCCAAGUAUAUCCAUGGCCGACGUGCGAUCUCCUUCCAACUACACGUACUACCCAUGGACCUUGCCGUUGGAGUACAUACCCAAGAAUGCAAUGAGCUCACCGCUGGCUAUGCGUACGACCUUCGAUCUGUCGUUCCCGAACAUGCCAAAUAGCCCUCAGCUCGGCACAAUGCAGCGCAUGCCUGAAGGUAUCCUGGUCAACUCGCUGAGUGGACUCCGUCUUGGUAUGGUGCGUGAGCAUGAUCAUCUUAUCGAUCUGGAUGAACACUUCCGCAUUUAUGCAAUCUCCAAUGCGGCUCUGGGUCGUGACGAGAAGGUAUUCAUGUCCCGGGCGACCAUCGAGAACUUCAACCCUCUCGAUCCCUACUUCACACGAACCCGUGAUCUGCACACUAUCGACCUCGUCAUUGACGUCCCGCCUGCUUCAGCAGCGCCUUCGUCUGACACACUGUCUUCGCUGCUUGACGUCGCACUCGGCGAGUUUGGAAACUUGACUGGCCUUGACAUUGCUGAUGCACUUGACGACAUCGAAGCACACCCAGAAGCCCUGGACGACGAGCCUUCGUAUUUCUCGAGCCUGCUGUCGUCAUUUCAGAAUUUGCUCACCGCUCCGUUACCGACUGGAGCUAGCUCCGCAUCCCAGCGACAGUCUACAAAACGCUACGCUGUCGCUGGAACCUUGCCUAUCGGCGUGGGUGCCGCCCCGUUGCCAGACACCCAAGACCCGGACCUUGCAUACAGCGCCGCGAACCCCCUCGCAUGGUCCAAGAUCUACGUUCAUGAUACAGAUCUAUGCGCCGACCGCCUGUCCCUCGACAUAGCAAAGCAGUAUCACAUUGUCGUUAUCCCACGCGGCGGCUGUUCGUUCUCUACAAAGUUGAGGAACGUUCCGGCGUACCCGCCCGACCCGAGCUCUCUGCAGCUCGUCAUUGUGGUCAGCUUCCCUGAACAGCAAAACCCACAGACCACUACUUCCAGCAAGCGAGGGAAGGAGCGUGACAGUAGCGAGGCUACAGGUCCACUGGUGCAGCCUCUCCUCGAUGAAGUGCAACAUACGCCCGGAGGCUUACUCAGGCCACAUCCCAUUCCGCUUCUGAUGGUUGAUGGCGGUGAGAAGACUAUGGACAAGUUAAGAAGGGCGAGCGGUGUGGGUGUGAGGCGGAGGUAUUACUUUAAAACGCAGGGCGUGAGGAUUGGAAACCUGAUUGUGCUGUAA